CAUUACAUCAUUCGUGGUUUUCGGCAGCAUUUUUAAGUUGUGUGUGAAAGAGUCCGUUUUUGGAUCGCUAUUCGGAUUGCAGUAAGCCAUCGAUCGAUCGAACUUGGUUUAACGAUAAACAGCUGGAAGAUGGCAGCGAGCGAUAGUACGAGCGAUGACUCGCUCUACCCGAUCGCUGUGCUUAUCGACGAACUCCGUAACGAGGACGUGCAGCUUCGGUUGAACAGCAUCCGCCGCCUCUCUACGAUCGCAUUGGCGUUAGGCGUCGAGCGAACUCGAUCGGAACUGAUUCCAUUCCUGACGGACACCAUCUACGAUGAGGACGAGGUUCUUCUCGCUCUCGCCGAACAGCUCGGCCAGUUCACCCCGCUCGUGGGAGGAGCAGAGUUUGCCCACUGUCUCUUGCUACCUUUGGAAUCUUUGGCCACCGUUGAGGAGACCGUGGUCAGGGACAAAGCCGUCGAUUCGCUCCGAGCGUUAUCGCAGCAGCACAGCGCUACCGAUCUUGAAAAUUUCUUCGUCCCGCUGGUGAAACGUCUCGCGACCGGGGACUGGUUCACCUCCCGAACCUCAGCCUGCGGCCUGUUCUCCGUUUGCUACGAAAGAGUGUCGACAACGGUGAAACAAGAGCUCCGGGACAGUUUUCGCAAUCUCUGUCAGGACGAUACCCCGAUGGUGCGGAGAGCCGCCGCCGGUAAACUCGGCGAAGUCGCCAAGGUAAUCGAAGCUGAGUUCCUCAAGCAAGACAUCAUUCCCAUGUGGGCGUACCUGGCCCAAGACGACCAAGACUCCGUGAGGCUGCUCGCGGUCGAAGCAUGCGUGUCCAUUGCUCCACUCUUGUCGCAGGAAGAUGUAUCCAACCUCGUAAUGUCUACCCUGAAGGCCGCCAGCGAAGACAAGAGCUGGCGUGUGCGUUACAUGGUGGCUGAGAGAUUCACCGAUUUGCAAAAAGCCGUCGGUCCCGCGCUUGCAAGAGAACAUCUUGUCCCCGCGUUCCAGAGCCUGCUGAAAGAUUGUGAAGCCGAGGUGAGGACAGCCGCCGCGCAACGCAUAAAAGACUUCGCUCAGAACCUCUCCCCCGAAAUCCAGGAGCAGGUCAUCAUGACCUCGAUCCUGCCCUGCGUCAAGGAGCUGGUGAUCGAUACGAACCAACACGUGAAGACGGCCGUCGCCGGAGUGAUCAUGGGCCUCUCGCCGAUCCUCGGCAAAGACAACACCAUCGAGCACCUUCUUCCGCUAUUCCUCACUCAGCUGAAGGACGAAUGCUCCGACGUCCGUCUCAACAUCAUCUCGAACAUCCAGUGCGUCAACAGCGUCAUUGGAAUCCAGCAGCUGUCAACUUCACUUCUGCCGGCCAUCGUCGAGCUGGCCGAAGAUUCGAAGUGGCGCGUUCGCCUGGCUAUCAUCGAGUAUAUGCCUCUGCUCGCCGGUCAAUUGGGUGUCGAGUUCUUCGACGAGAAACUCAACCCACUCUGCAUGACGUGGUUGGUUGAUCAUGUGUUUGCCAUCCGCGAGGCCGCCACGAUCAACCUCAUGAAGCUUGUGGAGAAAUUCGGCAAGGAGUGGGCAGCGACGACGAUAGUUCCCAAGGUGGUUUCAAUGUGCCGCGACCAGAACUACUUACACCGGAUGACUUGUCUGUUCUGCAUCAACGUUUUGGCUGAAGCGUGCGGUCCCGAAUUGACCUCAACGCACCUGCUGCCCACGGUUCUCAACAUGGCCCAGGACGGAGUGCCGAACGUGCGAUUCAACGUCGCGAAGUCGCUUCAUAAACUGUGUUCGGUCGUCGAUAAAGCCACCGUUCAGGGUCAAAUCAAGCCCGUCCUCGAACGUUUAACGCAAGACAGCGAUAUCGAUGUGCGCUUCUUCGCCAACGAAGCCAUGACUUCCCUCAACUGAGCAGGUUUCCGCCAAUGCAGCUGUCUGCGUGCCUGCUAACGUGACACCGCAGUUGCAACUACCCAGCACCUCCAUCGGCUCCACUGCGACGAGGGCAGCAGCAGAAGCGACUGUGGCCCCGGGAGCUGUCGCUAUUGGUUCGAGUUUGUCUCAUUGGGAUAAUUCAACAAUAGCCGACGGGGGGAACUCUGUAAGUAAAAGAAGCAUUGAAUCUGCGAUUUACACCGAUCAACUACUGGGAGGUCAGCUACUGGAAGCAGGAAGACUCGGAUAUAGUCAGCCAGCCCUGUGUGAGGUUUGCGGAUACACUACGUCUAGCACAGACUGUAGGAGAAAGACAGGAGCUUGACCGACUCUCUCACACACAUGAACACAUACAGACACCCAACCGUACGCAUUCUGGAAAUAUACGGUCGAAUAGACACACAAUAUAUCACCAACAACCAAAUCACAUCGCCAAUUUCCCGUAAAUGAGCAACUAAAUGGAACCAAUGAUCGUCGUCCAUGUGAAUCGAGUGGUAAUAGGCUUUAGGGGCGAUGAUGAACUUCGACAUGAAUGUCCAUUAGCUUUCCCCUUACCUACCGCCAUUGUCUGCGGGUCGUCGACGUUGGCGGUAGACCUCUCCGGAAAGUAGCGGGUUUCCUGGAUAUGCUGCUGUUCCUUUUCUGUUCUUGAAAAAUUCGCGCUUUCGUUCCCGCUCUCGAUUAAUUGACGGAUCCAUCGGCUGGCUGUCUGACUCAUGAUGAAGAACUCGUUCGCGUGCCCGACGCGGCCCUGUUGCACGGUCGGCUUACCCGGAGUGUUGCGAGCGAAUUCUACCUCCACCUGCUACCGAGCCGCCGACCGCUCGAUCGGCUGGCCACCUUCUGGUCGAUCAGCCCGCUAUCCCUCGUCUACCGGUAGGAAUAGUAGUUCACUUUCAUGUGAUCAUGGGAACGAUUUCAUUCAAAAAAUGAGAACGACGUUCCGGCCGAUCGAGCGUGCGUCAAUGUCGUUCAAGUGAUUUUAUGUUAAUCUCGUUGUCUGAGGUAGUAGAGAGAACAACUUCACAAAGGAGAACAUUAAGUAAACAGAGCAAUGGAGUGAAUAAAAUGAUGGAGAGUAAAGAAUGGGUCAAGUCUGCUCGCAAAUGAGAGCCUCGCAAGCCGAGAGGGACUAUGAGGAGACAAGGUCCUGAUCUCGACGUCACGUGACUUAUGUUAGAAAGACUUGAUUUGGCAAGGUCAUUUCGUUGGAGUAAAUAAAGCAAAUAUU